CGGAUAACAGAUAAAUCAUCUACUCUGAUUGAUUUAAUUUAUACAAAUUGUCCUGAGAGGGUAGUCUCCUCUGGAGUCGCCCAUAUCAGUAUUAGUGAUCACAGUCUUGUUUAUGCGUUUCGUAAACUUUCCAUUAACUUCCGAAAGGGUCACACUUCAAUAACGUACAGAAACUUUAAAACUUUCAAUCGUGCCAAAUUUCGUAACGAUAUCUGCAAUGAGAACUGGGAAUUUUUGGCUCCAGCUCUUGAUCCCAACCAAAUGUGGACAGAGUGGAAAACCAAAUUUUUACAAAUUGUUGACAAACAUGCUCCGAUUCGCAUUAAGCGCGUUAGAUCUAAAAAUUCUCCGUGGAUUACUGCUGAUUUGAAAGAACGCAUGCAUAAUCGUGACACAUUAAAGAUCAAAGCAAUCAAGUCGAAUGAUCCGCACGAUUGGGCCAAUUUCAAAAGAAUGCGUAACAAAAUUAAUACUGAAAUUAAAACUGCUAAAUAUGACUAA